UUUCAAAACACAAACAUAUGUUGGUUGGCUUGUGGUACAGCUUAAAAAGAAAACAUUUGUAAACAUUUGGGAAUAUAACAAUAAAAUGUCUGAGGAAGUGGCUACUGGUUCUAAUUUUGGUUUUAAAAAGCGGAAUAUAAAAAAGCCUGCCUUUCGUAAAAAACAGGAGUCCAGCAAUGAGUCAGAUGCCGGCAGUGACGAGGAACAAACGACUUCAGUAGUUAGAGUGGAACAAAGGCGCAAACGAACCAAUCCAAAUUUUCAAAGUACCAAACACCUGAGCUCAAAGCGUGAACGUAACAACAAAGACAGUUCCAGCAGUGAAGAAAGCGAUGAUGACAAACAAGUAAUGGUGUCAUAUAAAUCAAAACGCACUGCCCAGCCGAGUGGUCCGCAGGAUCAAGGAGCCACCUCCGUAUUGGAAAUAGACACCGAAAGGGACCGUGAUGCUCAGGCUAUACAUCAAAAAUCAGUGCAGAUCAAUGAAGAACUCGAAGGCAAGGAAGAUGAUAAAAUCUAUCGUGGCCUUAAUAACUAUGCCCAAUACUACAAGAAAAAGGAUACUGCAGCUGGAAAUGCCAGCUCUGGCAUGGUGCGUAAAGGUCCCAUACGAGCGCCAGCACAUUUAAGGGCAACAGUGCGUUGGGAUUAUCAACCGGAUAUUUGUAAGGAUUACAAAGAGACGGGCUAUUGUGGCUUUGGUGAUAGUUGUAAGUUCUUACAUGAUCGCAGUGACUACAAAGCUGGCUGGGAAUUGGAAUUGGAUCAUGCUGCCCAGCAAAAGGGUGAUUGUGAAUCGGAUGGGGAUGAUAGUAAAUACGAGAUACAUUCCGAUGAAGAAUCCUUGCCAUUUAAGUGUUUCAUAUGUCGUCAAAGUUUUGCUAAUCCAGUUGUGACCAAAUGUAAGCAUUACUUUUGCGAAAAAUGUGCCUUAGAACAGUACAAAAAAUCGCAGCGUUGUUUUAUAUGCUCCCAGCAGACCAAUGGUAUUUUCAAUCCAGCCAAAGAAUUGAUUGCUCGGCUUAAAAAUAUGCCUGAUGAAGGAGGCGAUAAAGGAUUUUACAGAGCUUUACACCUUUGCGCUUAAUUGAUUUGAGUGUCUGUUGUGAACAGCUGCGUUCUGUCUUCACUUCGUUAUUGCAGUUUCGCUGAUAAAGUUCAAGGUGAAAAAAGCACUAUGGCUACCAACUUCCCCAGAUGAAGGAGCAAGACAUCAGCAUAGCUGACACUGCCAUCAUUAUCAUCGUCAUCACCAUCCUCCGCUCCAUCCGCUUCGCGUCAUUACCAGUUGUAGUGUUGGCCGCACUGUCGCCAUUCACAGGAACAAAUAAAUUAUUUAAAUUUGCAUUGACAAGGUCACUUCAACUACAUUAGCGAGCUGUUGACAUCGCUAGUUGCCUUCUCAAAGUCAAAUACAGAGCGCCAAAGAAAAGCGUUUCAGCGCACAAAAAAGGAGGGUCCACAAGGGGAUUAUAGUGCACUUGAUGGGUCCUGGGACGACAACAACAUUAACAGCAGGCAAUUUGUCUGUGUUUCUGCCUUUUGUCCUUUGUGCUAGGUUGCGCCACGCCAACCAAGCAUCGAUAUCGAUAGCCGAAGGGCUGUGGCCAAUACAAUCAAUGGAAUUCAAUUAGCAGUGUCAAUGGGAAACCAAUAUGAACGGAUGGAUAGAAGCCAGCGUAAGCGGAUGGAUGGAUGAAUGGAUGAUCAAAAUUUUGUGUUGUUACUGUUGGCCCACAACUAUUAG